AUGGGCAGCGUCUCCAACGGGACCCUGAACGGCUUUGCCGACCGUGCCAACCAUGCCGCAAAGGAGAAGCCCAUCAUUCUUGGCCUCGCUUUUCCCUCUCCGGGACACAUCCAAGGCAUGGUGCAAGUGUCGACCCAUCUCGUCUCCAAGGGCUACAAAGUCUUCCUCAUCGGCUACGAGGACUACCAGACCUCUAUCGAGAAAGGGGGCGCCGAGUUUAUUCGCCACCCAUGGCGCUGGGUCUUACCUGAUCCCAAAUCCACCGAGGGAAUGAGUCUCCACGACAAGCUCGUCAGCAACCUGAAGUUUGUCUUUGUCGACGCGACACCGGCCGCCUUCUCCAUUCUCAAAGACACUCUCGAGCGACUUCGCGUCGAGUAUCCGGGUCGCCAGGUCAUCGUACUCUACGAAUCGCUGGCGCAGGGCGUCCUGCCCUUCAUGUAUGGCGCCCCGCUCCCCAAGGGCUUCGGCUCGAUGCCCAAGGUCAUCAACUUCAGCACCACCAUGGACCUUUCGAGCGACCCCCUCGUUCCGCCUUUCGGCCCCGGGCUUCCAUAUAACCCGACCGAAGAGAACAUUCAGGUCUGGAAAAACAUCUACGACGCGAGGGUUCCGAGCGAGAAGGCUCUGAACAAGCACUACGAUGACACCAUGCGUCCUCUGGGCGCAACAAUUAGCAUGGAGGGUUGGCUCUGGGACACCUCGAUGCGCGUUGGCGACAUCACCCUCCUUCCCACAAGCGCGAGCACCGACUACCCUCGGCAAACUAAGAAUCCCAAAAUCCGCUACAUCGGCGGCUUGCCCCUGAAGCCCAUGAACCCCGACUUUGUAUACCCGGGGUGGUGGUCAGAGAUUACUAGCAACGCCGCACUCCCGGCGUCGUCUUCCGAGAAAAAGAAGGUCGUCAUGGUCGCCCAGGGCACGGCCAUGCUCGACUACAGCGAGCUCAUCGUCCCAACCAUCAAGGCGCUUGCCUCCCGAGACAACGUUAUUCUGGUAGCGACACUAGGAAAGCGCGGUGCCUCAAUCGCCCUAGGCGAAGGUGAGGAUCCCCUCGCCGAGAUCCCCGCCAACACAAAGGUCAUCGACUACCUGCCCUACGACGCCCUGCUGCCGUACGCUGACGUGUUCAUCUGCAACGCCGGCUACGGCGGCUUCAUGCACGGUGUCAUGAACGGCGUGCCAAUGGUGCUGGCGGGCACCCAGGCAGACAAGGCCGAGGUGGCCGCGCGCGCCGAGUACGUGGGCGUGGCUGUCAACCUGCGCGCGACGAGUCCUACCCCCGGAGCGCUGCGUGCGGGAAUCGACAAGGUGCUGAGCAACGAGUCGUACAAGAACAAGGCGGUCGAGCUCAAGGCAGAGAACGAGGCCAUGGAUGCCAUGGGGCAGAUUGAAAAGAUUGUCGACGAGUUCACCGAGUAG